AUGUCACUUAAUAAUAAAGCUUCUAAGUCAUGGGAGUUUGACAGGCCCAAACAACCCUGUUCGGGUUACAGAUUAGCACUGGGAGCCCUGGCCAGCGUCCCUCCCCACUCCCCGCGGCACGAGACCCCCACGGCCCGCACUGCUGUUCGCCAGGCGACGAUCCUCGGAGGUCCGGUUUCCCCCCUGCGGCGCGCUCGCAGCCGCAGCCGCAGCCGCAGCCCUUCUCCCACGGGACCGCCUCGUCCGGCACCGAAUGCCCCGGUUGCUGGGCGCGCCUCCACUGCUGGCCGGCCACCGCCGUCGGCCCCGACGCCAUCGCCCUCUGAGCACGCCUCCUUCUAUCCCGCGCAGCAGUCGGGCGGCGGGAACGCUGGGGCCGGCGUGCUCGGCGAUCAGGGAAUGCGCAUGACGUCGGGAUAUCCGCCCGGGAGUGGGCCGGGACCGCAGCCGCUUCGCUCCACCCCGAUGGAACCCUUCCCCGUUGCACAGGUGGACAACCGGUCCGAUCCGUUCCCCGGCCAUCCAGGAAGCUCCCAGCCGACGGACGCUGUCCAGGUGGUACAGCGCCACUCCAGCCUGCGCCCCCGGACACCGGGCACCGAUGUUCACCAAAAUCCGGCUGGUCGAGGGCCGCCCCGAAUGGAGACCCAGGCCGCUCCCUCAUCAUCCGGCUAUUUCCAGUUUGGGCGCGCUUUCGGCGGCCCGUCGCCGACCUCGGCCCCGCCCCCGCCGACCCGGUUCUUCCCGGAUAUCCGCGGUCAGAUCCGUCCGUAUCCGGCCUCGGCGCACCCCCCUAUCAUGCUGGUGACACAGGGAACUCCACGUCCUCCGGAACCGCCUCCGCCAGGUGUGAUCCUGGGCGGACCGCCGGUCCCGCCUCCCUUUCUGUGGGCACCGCCAGCAAUGCCUCCGCUGAUGUGGCCACCGCCGGCACUGCCUCUCUUCCAGUGGGCGCUGCUUCCCAACCUGCGCGGACCGCCCGCGGCGCCUCCCAUCCUGCGCGGACCGCCCGCGGCGCCUCCCAUCCUGCGCGGACCGCCCGCGGCGCCUCCCAUCCUGCGCGGACCGCCCGCGGCGCCUCCCAUCUUGCGCGGACAACCGGUACAGGGACGGAUGCAGGGGGCGCCCCCGGGUGGUCUGCCGCCAGGUGCCGGUGGUGGCGCGCGCCAACGUCUCCCCGGCGUCCAACCUCCGGCCAAUCCCGCGGUUCCCGGUGGUCCGCUGGAGUUGCCCCGACAGGACUUAGAAUUUCAGAUCAACGAACAGGAAGCGGCUGAUUUUCUUAUGGACCGCAAUAGACAUGUAAACGAGCUGAUUCAGCGCUUCCGUCUGCACGUUUUGGAUGAUCAGAUUGGGCAGAUUACCGCUCCCAAUUUAUGGUUUCCCACAGAAUCAGGAUUAUUCCGUAUCCGCAUCCAGCCCCUUCCGGGACUUCGCGACAUUCCCAAAGCCAUGGGCAACAAAAGACAAACGUUCAAUAAUGAAGGAAAUGGCAUUUCAUACCUGCAGCCUAAUGCGAUUGUGGACGAGCGGUUGUAUCAGAAUAGUGUGGCGUGCCUGUUAUUCUGCUAG